GUGCACAGGUGAUGGCGCGACGUCAAAAUUCAUCGAGGAGCGAGCAUCAACUCUUUUCACAAGUGUUCUACGUGUGAAGAACAAAGAUAUAUAUUGCAAAAUUAGCUGAGAUCUACCAAAGAUCAGAUUUCCUCGCAUGCGAAGAAAACUUCAAAAGGAUCAGUGACGUUUAACGUGAGCACGGCUACGUUCAAAUGUAUUCGGACGUAACCUCAAAACUGUUACGAACGUCUCGACGUGAAUAAAUAGUAUUGGCUAUAAACAGAAAUUGGAUAUUCAUUUAAAGCAAGUUUACUUGUACAUUACUACGGAAGAAAUGGCGGAUGGCAGCAAAUCAAGUGAAAAACAGGUUGAAAGGCCUAUCGUAGCUAAAUCAGCCGUCGAUUUGCAAAGGUUAAAGCUCAUGAAGUUGAUGAAAAAUCCUGACAAACCAAUCUUACUGCCCGAGAGACCUAAGUCCAAGAAUACUCCAACUGUACCAGAAUUUGUUCGAAAUGUAAUGGGCAGCAGCGCUGGUGCAGGAAGUGGAGAAUUCCAUGUGUACAGACACUUACGCCGCAAGGAAUAUUCCCGGCAGAAAUUCAUUCAAGAGAAAGGAAAGAAGGAACUUUUGGAUGAGGAAUACCACAGGAAGUUGGAAGCCAAUAAGGAAGCAGCGAAUGAUGCAACAGCCAAAAGGCGAGCCAAGCGGUUGAAAAAAAAACAGAGACAAAGGCAGAAAAAAAAAUUGAAGCCUUCAAACCCUCAGAACAGCCAGAGCGACGAAAGCGAGCAUAGCGAUACACCAGCCGAUGACUCAGUUCCUGAAGAAAAUAUUGUGAAAAGUUAUAGUGUUACUCCAAGUAUGAAUCGCAAUUCUGAAAAACUCGACAACAGUGUUGACGGUAACGAACGUAAAGGAAGUUGUGAGACUGAGGUUUCGACAAGUAAAAUUGAAAGUGAUAAUCAUUGAUAACGUAUAUACAUUACUACAAGACAAUGUAUAAGUUAUUUACAAAUGGUAUGUUUAUUUUGACAUGCGAGUUCCAGACCAAAUUUAUCAUCCUGAGCAUAACUGUCACAAGUAAACGACUACAUAUAGAUGAUAAAGAAGACAUUGUAAAAUGGAAAGUCUGUUGUGUUACUGUGGCAGUAAUUAUUGGCUACUACCUUUAGUAAAAGGUUGAUAAGUUUGUACGAUGUUCAGAAGGCUGGAUUUUUCAGUAGUUUAUAAGAUAAACACUUUAAAAUUUGGGGCGGUUUUAUAAAAGUUCAAUUCCUUUACCUGGGAAACAUUUCCAUCUGUUUAAGACCCAUAGACGUGAAAGAAUUGCGGAAACCUUAGACUGUGUUUUAUCAUUUCUCAACAAACCUACCAACUGUAGCAGAUCUAUCCACUCUUUUGGAAUAACAUUCGAUCCACGUACAGGCUAGCCUGUAAAAUAUUGGCUAUAGUAGGGACUUCUCAACAAUUAUCCAGGAUUAGUUAAGAUUUCAUGAUCAAUAAUUCAUCGUUGAACUAAUAUCUAAAUUGUCAUAGCAGUCUGAGCGUUCAAAAAUUUUAAUCAAUGCAUUGGCAAUUUGUCUUUCUUGUGAUGUGGCGGCGUUUUGAGAGUAUUUUAUCAUUUGCUCCUUUGCUUUAAUUGUAUCUCCAGCUUUUUCGGGUAAAACACGUUCCUAGAAGAUUAAUAACAAAAAAUAAUGUGUAACUGAGUAUUAAUAAAUGGAAAGAUCUAGUCUUUCACUGGAC